GCUUUGCACCAGCCCGUCAUGUCGACAAGCCUUACAACAUUAUUGUAUUCAACUCUCGACGUCUUCACAACAACAGGGUUUCAUGGGAAUCCACUUGCAAUUGUUCUUGUGCCAUCUCCGCAGUCGUCCCAAAUCUCUCAGCAACAAAAACAGAAUAUCGCACGAGAAUUCAAUUUCUCAGAAACAGUUUUUGUUUACGACCAGGUAAAAUCACCAGAUUCUGGUCUAACAUUCCCGAUCUCCAUAUUUACGACAGCAGAGGAGCUACCGUUUGCGGGACAUCCUACCGUUGGUACGGGCUGGUAUCUAUUACGCAAAACUGGGUUGGAUAAGAUAACUUUACGAACCAAAGCGGGAGAUGUAUUGGUCAUUAAAGAGGACGAUCGAGUGCGCCUAAAGGUCCCUACAGACUUCAAGGUGCACCAGCCCUACACGAACAAGAUGCUGAAGGAGAAACAGUUGGCAUUGGAAGAUAAGGACUACGUGAAUGGUUCAACAGGUGCAGAAGCUGUGGUAUCUAUCGUGAAGGGCAUGAGUUUCAUCAUGAUAGAACUCUCCUCAGUGGAAGCUCUGGGAAAGCUUCAGCAAUACUCUCAGCACCUCACAAUACCUGAUGAGCAUCUGGGAGAUUGGAAAGGCUUUGGUGCUUUGUACGCCUUUGUGAAAAUGUCGGAUGGAACGAUCAGAACGAGGCUGCUCGAAGGCACAUUUGAGGACCCUGCUACAGGUUCGGCUGCCUCCGCAUUGGGGGGCUGGUUGGGGCAGAGUAAAGGUGAUGGUAACUGGAAGUUUGAUAUCAUCCAGGGUGUGGAGAUGGGUAGACGCAGCGAAAUCACGGUCUUCGUGGGUGUCUCCCAAGGCGAGAUAAAAUCCAUUGAAUUGGCGGGGAGUGCCGUGCAAGUCAUGGAAGGAAGGUUGAACGUCGUGUAAAAGUAAUGCUGAUUGGGGGAGCGGGUAAUACUGAAUCUAUCAUAUGGGAGUUUUCCCAUGAUACAAUCUAACCG